GCCGCUGGGUGCGCUGUCUCUUUAAAUGGUGCUGCCGCCGCCGCCGCCGCCGCCGCCGAGGCUGCUCCGGGCUCGCCCCAGCCUCCGCCGCAGCUCCAGCGGGAGCAGCAGCUUGUUGAUUUCAGGGCUGGUGAAUUUCGCCGGCUGCAGACUCCACUUUCACGACGCAGGAGCCCGGCGGGCAGGAGGACGUAGGGGCCGCGGCCGAGGCCAGGGCCCGGACUCUCGCUGCUGCUGCCGCCGCUGCCGCUGCUGCCUGGCUCCGGGCUCCGGGAGGCGGGGAGCCGCACCAUCCCCUUGGGCAGGCUCGGCGCCGGGGCGACCCUCGCCCACUUGCACGCUCGCUCACACGCGCACGCCGCGGCUCAGCCCCCGCCGGGAGCUGGGCUUGGGCCCCGGCGGGCAGCCGGAGAGCGCGGAAAGGAGGCUGAAGCUUAGCCCCUGCUGCUGCUGCUGCCACCGUCGCCGCCGCCCGCUCCACGUCCAGAGAGCGGCCGAAGGCCGGGGCUGGGGUCGGGGCCGGGGCCGGGCCAGGGGCGGUGGAGCUCCUUGAGCUGAGAUUCCAGGGCAUUUUGCAUGAAGAUGGCGGCUCCCGUGGCCAGCAAGACAGGCUCGGGCUCGGGCUCCGGCUCCGGCUCGGGCUCGGGCGGCCACAAGCCCGCCUUCCCGGAGCUGGAUUUCCGAUCGGGGGCCCGCAUCGAAGAGCUGAACAAACUCAUCCAGGAAUUCACCAAGCACGACCAGCGGGAGUACGACGACCAGAGGGCCCUGGAGAUCCACACAGCCAAGGAUUUCAUCUUCUCCAUGCUAGGAAUGGUGCAGAAAUUGGACCAGAAACUGCCUGUGGCCAAUGAGUACCUGCUCCUCUCUGGAGGUGUCCGGGAAGGUGUGGUUGACCUUGACCUGGAUGAGCUGAAUGUCUAUGCCCGGGGCACUGACUAUGACAUGGACUUCACCCUGCUGGUGCCAGCCCUUAAGCUGCAUGACCGAAAUCAGCCAGUGACGCUGGACAUGCGCCACUCAGCUCUGUGCCACUCCUGGCUCAGCCUUCGACUCUUUGAUGAAGGCACCAUCAGCAAAUGGAAAGACUGCUGUACCAUUGUGGACCACAUCAAUGGGGCCACCAAUUACUUCUUCUCUCCUACCAAAGUGGCUGAUUGGUUUUAUGAUUCCAUCAGCAUCGUUCUCUCUGAGAUACAGAAGAAGCCCCAGCGAGGGAUGCCCAAAGUGGAGAAAGUCGAGAAGAACGGGACGAUUCUGUCCAUCAUCCUUGGCGUGGGCAGCAGCCGCAUGCUCUAUGACAUUGUCCCGGUGGUAUCUUUCAAAGGCUGGCCUGCAGUGGCCCAGAGCUGGCUCAUGGAGAAUCACUUCUGGGAUGGGAAGAUCACUGAAGAAGAAGUCAUCAGCGGCUUUUACUUAGUGCCUGCUUGCUCCCACAAAGGUAAAAAGGACAAUGAGUGGAGGUUGUCCUUUGCUAGGAGUGAAGUCCAGCUUAAGAAAUGCAUUUCCAGUAGCCUCAUGCAAGCCUACCAGGCUUGCAAAGCCAUCAUCAUCAAACUCCUCUCCCGCCCCAAAGCCAUUAGCCCAUAUCACCUGCGGAGUAUGAUGCUCUGGGCCUGUGACAGGCUCCCUGCCAAUUACUUGGCCCAAGAAGACUACGCAGCACAUUUUUUACUGGGCCUCAUCGAUGACCUCCAGCACUGCCUGGUGAACAAGAUGUGCCCCAACUACUUCAUCCCUCAGUGCAACAUGCUGGAGCACCUGUGUGAGGAGACAGUCAUGCUUCAUGCAAGGAAACUCUCCUCGGUGCGCUCUGACCCUGCCGAGCACCUCCGUACUGCCAUCGAGCACGUCAAGGCAGCCAACCGCCUGACCCUUGAGCUACAGCGGCGAGGAAGCACCACCAGCAUCCCCUCCCCCCAGUCUGAUGGUGGGGACCCCAACCAGCCCGAUGACCGAUUAGCCAAAAAACUGCAGCAGCUAGUGACUGAGAACCCAGGGAAGUCCAUCUCUGUCUUCAUUAACCCUGAUGAUGUCACAAGGCCUCAUUUCAGAAUCGAUGAUAAAUUUUUCUGAGCUUUUUGACAGACUUUUUUUCUGGGUUUGAUCCUAAGAUUUCCACGGUGUUUAGUGUGUAUGUGUGUGUGCGUGUGUGCGUGUGCGUGGAUUCUAUCUGUUUUUUACAUGUCUAGCACAGGUUGGAUCUGUCGAGGACAGCUGCUUCAAAUGAGGUUCCUGGGUCUUCAAGAUGGUGCAGUUUCUACAACAAGACAUUACUAUCUCACAUUCAGCCUUUGCUUUUUCUCUUCCUCCUUUGUACCUGUCAUGUCGGUGUUCUGUUGGCGGCUGGGUGGUGGGCCCAGUUUCACUCUGGUUCUUUAAAGGAGGAUUGGAGCCAUAGCUGCAGAUGACCAGAGUCUUUCCGGUGAUCUUUUCCUCCUCUCCUUCCCUUCCUUUGUGUGGAGCUCUUGGCGGCAGUGAGGAAGUGAUCUCCUUACAGAGAAGUCUAUUUUUGUUUGGACUUUUUUAUUUUUAAUGAGCUUCCAUCACUUGUAAUGUUGGAGAGAAUAUCUUGAGAAGGGAAACGCCUUGGCAUUCUCCCUAGACCAGCCUUCUAUCCAGUGGUCAGAGGGGCUUCUCUUUUUUCCUCUAUCAAGAAAACACAUAGACUUUAAAAGUGAUUAAAGGCUACAAAUUGUGUAGCCUUGGAAGCAAUUUCUUUGAAUGUAAUCAUCCUCAAAGCCAAUCUUGUGUGGUCUGGAGGGUGGUCUUGCCAGUUUUCCAGGUGGAAUAGGUGGCCGAAUGUUAGUUGUAGUGCUGUAAUUAUUUGAAGCCUUAUUUAAAUCCUAUUAAAGAACAUACCAUUGUUAAUGUUAUUUGCACUAAUGAAA